AUUAUGAGCGUUAUCAGUCUGUUUGAUAACACACUGCAAUAAGCAUUAAUGAGCCACUCGAAACGUGCAUGUUUUUAUGAAUAAUUCCCAAUCAGACAAUGAAAAGUGACGAAUCAUGCAAAGCGUGACCGGAACUCACCACUGAUGUGCCCCCAGGGCACCGGAACCCGAACUUCCUCAAAAUCGUCUAAAAUUUGACAGGUUGGAGCCCCCACAAAAAUGGGAAUUAUCUUCGGUAAGAAAAAGCCAGUCUCGAGGAUCACGCAACAGGACAAGGCCGUGCUGCAAUUGAAGCAACAAAGGGACAAAUUGAAACAGUACCAGAAACGUAUCGAAUUGUCACUCGCUUCGGACCGAGAAUUGGCCAAAAAAUUACUAAACAAGGGGCAAAAAGAGCGUGCCAAGCUGCUUUUACGCAAAAAACGCUUCCAAGAGUCCCUUUUGCAAAAAACCGACAAUCAGUUGGAUAAUUUGGAGCGGCUUACGCACGAUAUCGAGUUUGCGCAAGUUGAGGUGGAGGUUGUAAACGGCCUCAAGCAAGGAAACGAAGCGUUGAAGAAAGUCAACGAAGCGCUAAAUAUUGAAGAUAUUGAGAAAAUUCUCGAGGAGACGCGUGAGGGUGUAGAGAAACAAGAGGAAAUAAAUGCACUUUUGAGUGGUGGCCUGACUGAGGAGGACGAAGCAGCAGUUGAGGAUGAAUUGGCCGAAAUUAUCGGGCAGUCCUUGCCAAAUGUUCCCGAAGACAAGCCCGAAAUUAUUUCAGAAGUGCCAGAAUCGCCAAUCAAAGGUAAAAGAAAAUUGAAAAUUUCAAAUAAUUUUUUGACGAAUUUAGAGAAAAAGAAACGGCGGGAGGAACCAGUCGCGCUGGAGGCCUGAUUUUAUAUCAUUGUAAUUUUUUAUUAACAUUAAUAAAUUUAAAUAAGUAUAAAAAGUU